UACUAACUGGAGCCAAGCCAUGGUCACAAUAUUUCCAAUUCUUUGCCUACUGUUCGUCAGCUGUGGUGCCUUGGCCCAACACGACAUUGUGGCCAAGCAAUCCGAGCUCUACCGCCUUCGUUUCUCUAUUAAUCAGUUAUACUGGAAAGUUGCCGAAUCUUGUCCUAACUUUAACAAAGUGUCUAUAGGACGAAGAAGGGAGACAAUGCCAACAGCAGAGCGUUUGGAUUUGGAUAUCGAAUUGGCCAAGGCGACAUAUGACCACUUGUUAAGGCAGUACCAAGAAUGUCAAGCGUCUCUCACUGGUAUCACCACGCCAGAAACCACCACUAUUAAGGCAAGCACCACCAAGUCUACUACGACCACAACUACCACCAGCACCACUAGUACCCCUACUACUUCCCCCGUGAUAUUAGAUGGUCACGCGUUCACAAUCCUGCGCGUGAAGCCCGUGUACCAUAAGGGGUAUAGCUUCCUAGCCUUGGAGGUUGUAGUUCCGAAGGAUGGUCGGAGCAAGACGAUCUCCUGGUGUAAAGAUUACCAGAACCUGUGUGAAAGCUUCCGUCGACGACCGACCAGUUGUGCGGGAACAAAUCACGUGCCAUCGUGCCGUAAAUAUAAUGCUGGCAUCAAUGUGAAUGGAAACAAUGGGCACAUGGGAUGUUCCCCUAGUCGAUAUGUGAAUGAAAUCGCACAACAAGCCUUUCCCGACGGUAGUGCUCGGAGCUACUACAACACGUUCGCUUUCCUGUACUGUACGUCUCUUCACUGUAGUAAUACUAUCAGUAAGGACGUGACUGCACUGUCAUUGGAUUCAAUGAGAUCGUUUUAUAAUGAGAAGGCACCGUCCCGCAUUAUGUACACGACUUGUCAGUAUUAAA